AGACAUGAAACUAUUUAUUUAUUUUUAUUAAAGUUAGGAAGGAUGAUGGAGGAAAACUCGCACACAGUACCAUGAAGAUUUGAACUUAGCACCACUUGGGUGCCCACCAAAGAAUAAGACACGAGGCAAUCCAACCCAUUAACAAGAAAUGAAACUAUUUAUUAAAUGAUAAUAAUAUAAUAAAUUAACAAAAUUCCAUAUUAAAAAAUUUAAAAAUAAAAAACAAAACGAGAACAUGAGUCCUAUGGGAUAAAUUUUUAUUUUUUUAAAAUGUAAAUAUGAAAUACCUAAUGGGCAUCAAUCUUGGGCUAAGUGCAAAAAUUGAGCUGCGCCUUAUUAUGACACUGGGUUUUGGCCCAAAUGAAACUAAAGGGUCGAAUCCUUCCCAACUUUUUUGCAGUGCCUUCUAUGCUUAAUUUAAGACUUGAACAGCUAGUAUCAGAUCCAAAGGGCCAAAAUGAAGAAUGGGAAAGUACUCACAAGCAGACCGUCCAUGUUCUUCUCACCCCAAAACCAUACGACGCUUGUCCCACCAAAUCCAGUUUUCCCGCCAAGCUAUGUCGCUUCCCCAAUUGCCACCACUCUGGCCUCUUCUCUGCAGCACUACAUCAAUUCAGAAAACCCUUCCCAUGGCCAAAAGAUUCAUACCCAUAUUCUCAAAACUGGAUUCAGACCUAAUAUCAAUGUUUCCAUUAAACUGCUUAUACUGCACCUGAAAUGCGGUUCACUGAAAUAUGCGCGCCAAGUGUUUGAUGAAUUGCCUGCACAAACUCUGUCUGCUUAUAAUUAUUUGAUUGGUGCAUACCUCAAACGCGGGAAAGUUGAAGAAUCGCUUAACUUGGUUCGCAGACUUGUUUUUUCUGGUGAAAAGCCUGAUGGGUAUACGUUUUCUAUGGUCUUGAAAGCCUCUACUUGUGCUGGUAAUGCAGCAUUUCCAUGGAGUUUAGGAGUGGUGCAUGCCCAGAUAAUAAAAUCAGAUGUUGAGCCUGAUGAUGUUCUUUAUACUGUGCUUGUUGACUCUUACAUUAAGAAUGGGAAGGUCGGCUAUGCGAGGACUGUGUUUGAUACGAUGUUGGAAAAGAAUGUUGUAUGUUCAACAUCGAUGAUUUCCGGGUAUAUGAAUCAAGGCUCUGUGGAAGAUGCUGAAGAUAUAUUCAGGAGAACGGUUGAAAAAGAUGUUGUGGUAUUUAACGCAAUGAUUGAAGGUUAUAGCAAAUCAACUGAAUAUGCUUGGAGAUCAUUUGAAGUUUAUGUUGACAUGCAAAGGUUGAAUUUCCGACCUAAUAUCUCCACGUUUGCUAGUGCUAUUGGAGCUUGCUCGGUGUUGGCAGCAUUUGAAGUUGGCCAGCAAGUCCAAAGUCAACUUAUGAAGACCGAAUUAUUUUGGGAUAUAAAAAUGGGAAGUGCUCUUAUAGACAUGUAUUCAAAAUGUGGAAGAAUUGAGGAUGCACGGAGAAUUUUUGACCACAUGCCUCAAAAAAAUGUAUUUUCGUGGACUUCAAUGAUCGAUGGCUAUGGGAAGAAUGGAUAUCCUGAUGAAGCACUUGAGCUCUUUAGUAUAAUGCAAAGAGAACACCAAAUUGAACCCAAUUUUGUCACAUUCCUCAGUGCUUUAUCAACUUGUGGACAUGCUGGUCUGGUUGACAAGGGCCAUGAGAUAUUUGAAAGCAUGAAUAGGGACUACUUACUAAAACCAAGAAUGGAGCAUUAUGCUUGCAUGGUUGAUCUCUUGGGGCGCGCAGGAAGUUUGCAUCAAGCAUGGGAGCUGGCAAUGGGGAUGCCUGAGAAGCCCAACUCCGAUGUUUGGGCUGCUCUUCUUAGUUCAAGUACUCUACAUGGUGAUGUUGAGAUGGCAAGUAUAGCUGCCAAGGAACUUUUUAAGUUGAAUCCGGAUAGUCGGCCAGGUGCAUAUGUUGCAUUCUCUAAUACUUUGGCAGCCGCUGGGAAAUGGGACAAUGUAAGUGAGCUUAGAGAGAAAAUGAAGGUGAGAGGAAUAUCUAAAGACAUCGCCUGCAGCUGGGUUGGUACUGAUAGUGGUUGAUGAUCAGCCCUUUCCCCUGUUUUUGUAGCUCCAAAUGCUAAAAUUGAAUUGGUUCAGUGAAAACAAAAUAAAAGGUUGACAGUUGAGGACUUUAAAGCCAA